AAACUGCUGUAAGAGGGAAUAGAAGAAGACGAUGUUCCUUCCUUCUGAUUUCAGUCAAACCAAUUAUAGAAACGAGCGUGCGAUUUAUCUUAUUUCCAUCCAUUUUAAAUAUUGCCCCCGAGGAUUUCUACUGAUCGACGUGGUGUAGGCUUACUUUAGGAUUAUCCGCUUAGAAUGUAGAUGAAGGAUCGCUGACGGAUAAUGGAUUUGUUUAUUAUUCUUUCUCUGCUAUUUGUAGGGCAUGUCACCACGUCUGUGAAAGGAUACAGUGUCGAGGAAGAAUUUUAUGUGAGACAUCAGUAUGUAUGCCCUGGUCAGUCUGUCACCUUCUCAAAAUCCAAAUAUUAUGAUGAUUUGUUUUUUGAACCGAGUGGGUCGGACUCUGCGAUGCAGGUGGCAAACCGGACUCAUAUCUUGCUCCCUUCUUAUGAGUUCCGAAACAGAGACGUGUUUAUUCCUGAGGUCACUAGACAACAUGAGGGGAAUUAUAUCUGGACACAUGCCAGAACUGCUGCUACAUUUCUGUUGAGGUUGGGAACGACCAGAUUAUUUCUCAAAGAUUGCGGCAGUGCGACGGAAGUAUAUUAUGGAAAUAAGUUCAGUCUGGAGGUGCCACAGGCGGCGUCCGUAUUGGAGUUCACCAGAGAGGGGUCGACUGACCGCAAGAUCCUGUGGAGUCGGAACAACACAGAUAACAGUCAGGGAGCCAGCUGGAAUGCCUUCAAUAUCAAGUACGCCGAUGCGGGCCGCUAUGCUUUCCUAAAGGAGAACGGGGUCGAGAUCUCCAGCACUUCUCUUUAUGUUCGAGAAAACCUGGAAUAUUACGAUGUGAGUAAGAAGUCCUUCCUGGAAAGCAAGUUCCCAGUUCCUAUAAACGAGGCUGUGGUUAUGUUUAUCGAUCCAUCGCAGAAUGAGUAUCUGCUCUUUGUACAUGGCACAAAGACCGAGAAAGCAUUCCAGAUGUUUCAGGAUCGGUUGCAGCUACAGCCCUCGCAAAGUGGAGAACUGGAACUCCGUAUUAUGGGCCUGAAAUCAAGGGAUGUGGGACGAUAUGAAGUCAAAGACAAGGAAGAAGGCCUCGUCUCUGUCAUAUCGCUUUCUGAGAUUGAUGGCACGACUGGACCCAUUGCCACUGGUUGUGUGAUCAGUAUAUUGAUUGUUUUAAUGAUCACCUGUUGCUGUGUGUGGAGGUCUCGCAAGAAGAGGGAUACAGCCCCUGUUUCUUCACCAUCACCAGAGUACCACGCGCCCAUCCAUGUGCAUGAUCCUGUUGUAAUAUAUUCACCAGGCCACCCCCUUCAACCUCGGCCUACGGCACCAGUUGUAGAGGAAGCUUCUGCUGCCCCUGUAGAGAGUGCAGAUGGGCAAUCGGGGCAGCAGUCUCUCCCUUCAUCUCAACCCUUGGACAACAAUGUCCCACUUUCUUACAAUGAAGUUAUUGGCAGCGGUCCUGAGCCUCUCUAUACAUACCCUUCUGCUGCUCCUUCUGGGGCCUCAGCUGGAGGAGCGGGAGGAGGAGGGGCCGACCCUGACCCUAGUGCCCCACCAGACCCUGGGAUUCAGUACCAGCCCCAGGGGUGGGGUGGAAGUAUGGGAGACUUCCUCACCAGUUCUCCUCUGAACAUGGACACCAACACCGCCACCAGUACCUACAAUUCAGACAAACUCAACUUUUGAAAAAAGCAUUCAAGAAAAAGUUCAAGAAAAGUUUAUAUUUUAUACUUUACACUUUAUCUUACACUUUCUUUUCCAGAACUACUUACAGUGCAGUAGAGAUGCAUAAGGACAUGUAGUACAGGCAUGUCUAGCAUUGGCCAGCGGCAAGCAUAACACUGCUCAGACCAUAAUAAGUUCUGUCUCAUUCCUAUGGUAACACAAACGGUUUGCCUUAAAUGAAAAUUGAAUAAGCGCGCGUUGCGCUAUGAAAGUUGAACCAAGUUCAAAGCUCAGCUUGUUCAACGCUAGCGUUACGCCAGCGUUGCCACAGUUCCAUUGCCGAACCAUAGAGAACAACAGGAAACCUGCAGCUUGUCGCUGGCUAAUGUGAUCCAUAGAGAACAAUAGGAAACCUGCCGCUUGCCGCUGGCUAAUGUGAUCCCUUGUGAGUCCUUGAAGUAAUAUCCUACCUCACAAAUCAUGACACAAUCUGCAAAGACUCACGGACAUGUCAGUGCCCACGGUUUGUUCUCCUGCUGCUGUAGUCAUCAGGUUCUCUUCUAGACAUCUUCAGUCAUGAGACUUAACAUUGACUUUAAAUGCCAAGUUAGGACAUUUGAUGAGAAUACUGGUGAACACCUACAGUAUACUACAGUUACAGCUAACUUUAACCCUAACCCAUCAGGAACAGAUCAAAUCAAUAGAAUGGGGAUUUUAAUUACUAAGUAUUAAGUCUUUUAAGUAUUAAUGUUAUUGUAGUAUUAAGUAUUAUUUUUAAUUGUAGUGAUCUUAUUUGUAAUUGUACUUUAAAAUCUGAUCAAUACUCAAAGAUAACAAACAUGCUGAAGUUCUGUUAAAUGCACAUAUCACAAGUUACAUGCCUUACUUUUGUUCCAGUGUAUACUGUACAGUAUUCUCUUUAGCCAUAGGACAACUCAGGUAAAAAAAGAGGCUCAACUUAACCUUUAUGUAUUUGGGGGAAAAUGCUUUCAAGGUGGAGCCCUAGAGGCCAUUUUAUCGGUAUAAAUAAGUGUCUUCUUAUUUUGGGAUUUUGAAACAGUCGCACCACUUUCCUGCCGUGAAGCCCGUAUUUCAGCUGAAGUAGCGUGUGGGGUUUUCCUACUGUAUGCAUCCCAACCAAUUUUCCUGGCAGUUGAGUAGAAAUCUUUGUUGGUCUGUCUGACUUAUAGAGUCAAUUUAAAGCAACACCAAAGAGUUUUUUGUACCUUAAAAUAAUGUUUCCAAAAUCGUUUCAAUGGUUCAUCAACUUGUAACAGGGUGAACGGCACUUCUGCAUUCGCUU